AUGUGCCUGUCUCCUUUUCUUUCUUGUCCCGGGUGCCUUCGUGUGAUUCUUCUGGGAGUCUUUGAUCAGCCUGUGGUUGCCAUGCCCCCGUCGGUCGAAGACCGAUCCAGAUCCUCCGCUUCUGCAUUUGCGAGAGAAGGAGGAGCGGAGGAAAGAGGGAGAGCACAAAGGACGACGGAAGAAUGCCGGCGUGAGGACGAGAAACGCGGCGAGGGCGAAGCAGGAAAAGGACCCGAAACAGAAGACAGUUGCAGCAAACCAGCUCUUCCUCUCUUCGAUGCAGACGGCGACCUUCUCCUUAUCCGGAAAACAGCUUCUGGUGAGUGUAGGAGGAACCAGGCGGAAAGGAAGCGGAACGUUCGCGCAAAGUUCACAGAGAAGAACGCGGAGAGCACCGUCCAGGAAAGGGAAACUGCGAGGCAGUGCAGCCUCUCUGCGUGCACGGGCGAAGGCGAGACGGGGAGAGAAGGCCAGGAACCACGCGCAGCGAGGGGAGAGGCAGGCGAGAACGCGACCGAAGAAAGCGAGAGAGAAGAAGGGGACCACGAAGAGAGAAAAGCAGAGUUCAGACAAGACAGAGACGAAGCAGAAAACUGUUACGGAGAAGAGCGGCAAGAGAGCGACAGGCAGGUGCUCACCAACGUCGAGGACAUCGCGACAUUGAGUUGCGGAAGGCCAGGGACUCAGAGGCCAAGAUGCGAAAUGGAAUUUCUUUCACGUCCAGCUUUUCUUUCGCCUUCAUCUCCUUCAGCCUCCCCUUCCCGGCCGUCUGCUUCAUUUCCGGCGUGUCGCCCUCCCUCGAUGUCUCGCAGCAUCUUUUCCCCGUGUUCGCCUCAGUUGAUCUCUCAGCCUUUCGCGGUCUGCCAUUGCGCGUCUCCUACGACUGUCGCCGUUGCUGGACGCCAGUUGUGGUCGGGCGGGCUUCUUCUCGUGAAUUUUCUCUUUGAGUUUUUGCUGUCUCUGGUCUCGUCUUCCAGUUCUGGCCUCGCCCUCGCCGUGCGUGCUUCGGAACCUUCAGAGAGGCUUCCUAGGCGAGCAGAGGCGACGCUGCCGUCUCUCCCAGCCUCGCAGGUGCCUCCCGCGCCUGAACCUGUCUCCGUUUUGUCGAAGAAAAGGGUGCAACGGCGGCACGCGCAAAAAGCUACCGAGGGCGAGACAGAUGCAGGAAAUCCUUCGGGCAGAAAAGUGGGGGAAGACAGAGGGCGAGACAGAGAAACGGAAGAGGGAAAAGAGGGAGACGAGGGAGGGGAAGGCGAGGACCCGGUCGAGCGUCGGAUAUCUCUGACAGUGCUUGAACUCGGCUGUGGCGUCGGCCUCCUUGGUGGCGGUCUGCCCUCGCUUCUUGAAGCAGUCGAUUGUUUGUCUUUCGCCGGCAAACACCGGCAGACCUUUCGCGAGAACACUGACGGAGACAAACGACGGCUCGAUUUUGCGUCUUCUGCUUCCUCUUCUCUGUCCCAGUCUUCCCCUCUUUCUACUUAUUUCUCGCCACCUUCCGGCCGCGCCUUCUGUUCGUCCUCUCUGUCUCCGCUCUCCGUCGAGCCUGGUUCCGCGUACCCGUCAUCGUCUUCAGCCCUUUUGUUGCGCGCAGCGCGGCCACGCACCCGACUUCUUGAGGCCGAGGCGCUUCCAGAAAGGAGCGAGAAGGAAGAACGUCUUGGACAUCGGGUACGAGCAAGAGGGCUUGGGACGGUGAAGCUUUUUCUGACCGACGCUGACGAAGGCGCGCUCUCUCUCGCUGCCUCCACCGUUUGGAUGAAUGGCGGGGAUCUCGCAUGCAAGGAGAGAGAGGACGAGCAAGGCCUGGGCGAGGCGGUAGACGCAGGCAAGACGCGAGAAGGCGCAGAAGAAGGUGAUGAUGAAGACGCCGGGGAGGAAGGGGACGGUGAUGGCAAACGAGGCGUCAGGGAAACGGCUUUUUCUUUCCAGGGGCCGAGGCGCAAAAGGGCGAGAUUUCCAGGAAGGCUGCGGCAGGCCAUUCCGUCUGCCAUUCCGUCUGAAGCUGACUGCGCACACACGGGCGCAGACCUGUCUUCUUGUUCAGGCUUUCCGGGGUUUUCCUUUUCUUUUGGGUCCUCGGAGGAAAAGCGCCGAGUGAACGUCGCCGUGUGCAAGCUGGUGUGGGGAUCCGGGCAAGUGUCUCUCGGCUUCCCAGAAAGGCUGCAAGAGAGGCGCAUGGCGACGCGGGAGACGACGAAGAUUUUGCUCUGUGGCGGCACACACGUGGCAGGGGAGCGGCAGGCGAGUCAGCCGACCGAGGCGAAAGAAGGUAGGGGAAAGACAAGAAGAAGAGCCGAAAGGCAGAUAUCCGAACGCAGCUCGGACAAAACGAAAAGGGUCCAGGCGAAGCACGAGAAAGGGAUGCAAAAAAAGCGAAUGUCCCAGGUGUGUUUUUAA